UCAAGCAUUACAUUUGCCUCAUCAUCUCAUUUGUUCUUGCAAAAAAUAACUCGACUUGGCUUAUUUUACUCCAUCAAACGCUUCUCCUUGUUGUCUAUCUCACCUUUUUUUUGUGAAGGUAGCUAGGAUAAUAAGGGGACGACAUUGGAAUUGGAAUCCUGGAAAUAUAUAUUAUUGUCUCAACAUUUGAACCCUUAUGAAUUGCGUUUUACGCACUUAACCGACACUUCACGUCCUUUAUGGCUCAAAAUUCUAUAAAAGGUAACCUACCACACUCACUCCCUUCCUCACAUGCAGCUGCUCCCUUCAGGAAAUUUUCCCUGUCCUGAUGGCUCACCAGGGAAGAUUCAGUGCAAAACAAGGCACACUUAUGGCUACCACUCUUUUCUUUUUACUCUUCAAGGCCACUCAGGCAGCUACUUACACUGUGGGUGAUACUUCUGGCUGGACUUUCAGCAUCCAAAGCUGGACAAAAGGGAAAAAGUUCAAGGCUGGUGACAUACUACUUUUCAAAUAUGAUCCUUCGUUGCAUAAUGUGGCAAUUGUAGAUAUUAGUGGCUACAACAGCUGCAAUGCUCCUCCAAGCUCAGUCAUUUACUCCAGUGGAAAAGAUAGCAUCAAACUAAAGAAGGGGAAAAAUUACUCUACAUCUGCAGCAUUCCUGGUCACUGUGAUGGGGCCUUGAAGAUUGCCAUUAGUGCUUCCUGAAUAGAAAAUUUUAGAUAUUAUAAAUAUUAAUUAUAUUUAUAUGUGCUCUUGAUCAAUCUCUGUGUGUGUGUGUUAAACUUUUGGCCAUGUGAUCUAACUUGGCCUGAAUUUCUAGUCUUUAAUAAGGGGAAGAUUCUAUUUA